GUCGGCAGCGCUUAAUGCCGGGUGAAGCUGCGAACGCUGCGUGAGGAGCCGGGCCCGAAAAUGCCCCGAGAGCCCAGAAAUUUGCGGGGGGAGGCAGCAGGACAGGCAGGACGGGCGUCCUCCCGGCUGCGGGAUGGAAAAAUCCCGCACGGGAUCUUGGAUUUUGCCCUGGUUUUGGUUUCUGGUCGCAAAAAACGUGCCUGGAGAGCCCCAGAUGCAAGGGGGGAUAUUUUUUGUGUAGGUCACUUUGUGUUUUCCUGGAGCGUGUGGCUCCUCCUGGGUUUAAAUAUUUAUAAACCGAGCGACAAAGCCCUGGUUUGGGGCAGGAUGAGCUACCACCCGCAGCAUUUUGGGGCUGGCAGAUGGGAUCCAGGCGGGUGGGCACAGGGAAUUUCCAGGGAACCCCGAGCUUUCCAAGCCCCCCCAGUCUCCUGGCUUGGAGAUGAGCCCCUUUGUGCUGGUGGGACAGGGGAGGAAAGGAGCAAAAAUGUCCUUUUGCUUGUUUUAGACCUUUCUUUGGCCAGCGAGGGGCUCAGCUGGGUGCUGGUGGUGCUGGGGGGGUCCACGUGGAUGCUCGGGGUGCCCACCCUGGGCUCUUGCUGGGAAGGAGCCAGCAGCACGGGGAGCCCCGGAGCAAUGUUCCCGGCUCCUCGCGUGCCCGCUGCCUUUGCCAGGAGCAGAGCUCAGGAUCACCCCGCCUCUGCCCCGGACUCUGCCCGGCCUCCGCGGGAGGCUCAGCCCCAGCCUCCAGCGCUGUGGUGCCGGCACGGCAUCGCUCAGCGGCCACAUCCUGCUCCAGCCUGGCGGGCAUGGGCACCGCUGAGCCGGAGGCUGCCGAGAGGAAGAGAUGGCCGCCCAGGGGAAAAGCAGCCCCGCCGGGAAGAUGACCGCCGUGGCUCGCAGCCUGUCCCAAUUAAUGGAUUCUGACAUGGAUUAUGAGAGGCCAAACGUAGAAACUAUCAAGUGCGUCGUGGUCGGGGACAACGCGGUGGGCAAGACCCGGCUCAUCUGUGCCCGCGCCUGCAACGCCACGCUCACCCAGUACCAGCUCCUCGCCACCCACGUGCCCACGGUGUGGGCCAUCGACCAGUACCGCGUGUGCCAGGAGGUGCUGGAGCGCUCACGGGAUGUGGUAGAUGAUGUUAGCGUGUCCUUGCGGCUCUGGGACACCUUCGGUGACCACCACAAAGACAGGCGCUUCGCCUAUGGCAGGUCCGACGUGGUGGUUUUGUGCUUCUCCAUCGCGAACCCCAACUCCCUGCACCACGUGAAGACCAUGUGGUACCCGGAGAUCAAGCACUUCUGUCCCCGCGCCCCCGUCAUCCUGGUGGGCUGCCAGCUCGACCUGCGCUACGCCGACCUGGAGGCCGUCAACCGGGCACGGCGCCCCUUGGCCAGGCCCAUCAAACCCAACGAGAUCCUUCCCCCGGAGAAGGGGAGGGAGGUCGCCAAGGAGCUGGGGAUCCCCUACUACGAGACGAGCGUGGUGGCCCAGUUCGGCAUCAAGGACGUCUUCGACAAUGCCAUCCGCGCCGCCCUCAUCUCCCGCCGCCACCUGCAGUUCUGGAAGUCCCACCUCCGCAACGUCCAGCGGCCCCUGCUCCAAGCCCCCUUCCUGCCCCCCAAGCCCCCUCCGCCCAUCAUCGUGGUGCCGGACCCCCCGUCUAACAACGAGGAGCGCCCGGCCCACCUCCUGGAGGACCCCCUGUGCGCGGACGUCAUCCUGGUGCUGCAAGAGAAGAUCAAAAUCUACGCACACAAGAUCUACCUCUCCACCUCCUCCUCCAAGUUCUACGACCUGUUCCUCAUGGACCUGAGCGAGGAGGACCAGCAGAGCGCCGCGGGGCACGGCUUCGGGGUCGCCGUCACCGCGGCGGCCGAGCGGAUGCUGCACCAAGAGGAGAGGCACCACGGGCGGGAUUUCCUCCUCCGGGCCGCCAGCUUUGAUAUCUGCGAGAGCGCCGAGGAGGCCGGCUCCAGCCAGCGCAAACCGUGCCUUAGAGCCUCCACCAGUGACGGGAUCCUGCGGGGGAAGCGCUACGAGAAUGGGGAGCGCGGGCUGAAGCGGGGCCGGGACCUCUCCUCGUGGAGCCGGGCCUUCAUCAGCAUCCAGGAGGAGAUGGCGGAAGACCCGCUGACCUACAAGUCCAAGCUGAUGGUGGUGGUGAAGAUGGACGCUUCCAUCCAGCCGGGUCCUUUCCGGGCCGUGCUGAAGUACCUGUACACCGGGGAGCUGGACGAGAAGGAGCGGGACCUGAUGCACAUCGCGCACAUCGCCGAGCUCCUCGAGGUGUUCGACCUCCGCAUGAUGGUGGCCAACAUCCUCAACAACGAGGCGUUCAUGAACCAGGAGAUCACCAAAGCCUUCCACGUCCGGAGGACCAACCGGGUGAAGGAAUGCCUGGCCAAGGGGACUUUUUCGGAUGUCACCUUCGUGCUGGAUGAUGGUGCUAUCAGUGCCCACAAGCCCCUGCUCAUCUCCAGCUGCGACUGGAUGGCCGCGAUGUUCGGCGGCCCCUUCGUGGAGAGCUCCACCAACGAGGUGAGGAAGGCCCCGAGGAUUUCCCCUGGUGUGGGGAGGCUCGGGGACAGCCGUGGGGUGACGGCCGGUGUGCGGCUCGCAGGUGGCGCUUCCUUACACCAGCAAGAGCUGCAUGCGGGCCGUGCUGGAGUACCUCUACACCGGGCAGUUCAGCUCCAGCCCCGACCUCGACGACAUGAAGCUCAUCAUCCUGGCCAACCGCCUCUGCCUGCCCCACUUGGUGGCUCUCACCGAGCAGUACACCGUCACCGGCCUGAUGGAGGCGGCGCAGAUGAUGGUGGACAUCGAUGGGGACGUGCUCGUGUUCCUGGAGCUGGCACAGUUCCACUGCGCCUACCAGCUCGCCGACUGGUGCCUGCACCACAUCUGCACCAACUACAACAACGUCUGCCGCAAGUUCCCCCGCGACAUGAAGGCCAUGUCGGGAGAGAACCAGGAGUACUUCGAGAAGCACCGCUGGCCGCCGGUGUGGUACCUGAAGGAGGAGGAUCACUACCAGCGGGCGAGGAAGGAGCGGGAGAAGGAAGACUACCUCCACCUCAAACGGCAGCCCAAGAGGCGGUGGCUCUUCUGGAACGCCUCCUCCUCCCCUUCCUCCUCUCCUUCGUCGUCGGCAGCCACAGCCUCCUCUUCCUCCUCCUCCUCCUCCUCCUCCUCGGCUGUGGUUUGAAAGCCCGUCCUUGCCCUGGCUCCAGGAGACGGAUGGGGAGGAGGAAGAGGAGGGGGAUGAAGGGUGGGAUGACCUGCCCCAGCGCCAGGCGGGUGCCCCCAGCUGGCACCCCGGGGAGACGGAGCGGGGCGCCCCCACGCCGCAGCGCCAGCGCCGCAGGACUGGCCCGGAGCAGCAGGAGAAACCCACGUUUACAGGAGCACAAGGGUUGUCUUGGGUUUUUCUUUUCUUUUUUUUUUUCCUUUCUUUUGAACAUCAACCGCAUGAGGAAGAAGAAGAAACCCGUCCCUGUUCCACUUUAGUUUUUAAGCAGAAGCUGCGGGGUCGGGGUGGUUUUGGGGGACGCCGCCUCGCCGCCCCUUGGACUUGCAGUGGGGCGAGGUGGGACCCCGACCCCAAACCCCUCUGGGCUGCACCAGGGCUGAUCCCACAGGAUCCCCAAACCGCUCUGGGCUGCAUCUGGGCUGAUCCCACAAGGUGUCCCCCGCCCCAUUCCCACGGGGGGGCUGUCCCCGUGCGGGGAGCUAUGGGGAAAAGGAGCCCUCUCCUCCCUGCAUCUCCCCACGGGAGCUUGGCCCGCAGCAGCGCAGAGAGCAGACUUCUAUUUUAUUUUUUAAAGAAAAUUUAAAGCAAAAAAUACCGCAAAAAAAAAAACAAAACACAACACCAAAACCCACCCCCAGAAACCACCCCCGGGCCCUUCGGCUUGGGCUCGGAGCCUGGAAGGCUCCAUUGUAAUAAAUGGUAUUUUAAAAGCCCGGCGUGGUCCCUGUGUGUUUGGGAGGAAGCAGCUGGCGGAGGAGCAUCGCAGGAUCCAACAUCAAAAAAAAAAAAAACCCACCCAAACACCCCAAAACCAGGAGGAGCAGGGGCUUCGCAUCGGACUGACCUCGCCUGCUCCACCUGCGUCGCUGUAGGUGCCCAAAAUUGCACAGCGGAUGCCCGGUGGCACCCUUGGGUGGACCCAAGCCUCUGCUCCCAUCCCAGCAGGGGACAGCAGGGAGGACAAAGUGACACCCCUGGGUGCUGCUCUCGUCCCCGCUGGCUUUUUUGUAGCUGCUCCUUUUGGAUGCUCGUCCCCAGCCCCGGGCAUAGGAGCACGGGAGCGGAUGCAGCGGGCGCACGCUCUGCGCUAUCGCGCUUUGCAGCAGGUAGGAUGAGUUUUGUUCCCUUUUUAAAGCGGGUGCUCGCUUGUCCAGCACCAAUCCUGCACGUGGGGUCCUGCGGGAGGUGCCCGGCCUGGAGCUGCCGUGCUGGGACCCCCGGAGCAAAGCGCCCUGCUGCCGCCCCCUUCCCCAUCCCGGCAGCUCCUGCUUUCAGCCACUUGCCUCGAGAAACCACCUGCACACGGAUAAAGCCUCGCGGGGAACUUGGAGGCUGGCGGGCAGCUCUGGGUUGGUUUUUGGGGCGAGCAGAGCCCCUUCCUCACCCAGCACCUCCUCGCCCAGCACCGCAUGGAUUUGCACCGCAGCUACGGCAGCGCGCCGCCCCUGCCUGCGCCGCGGACCCAAAUUUCAGCCUCCUGCUCCUGCCGGUGGUCAGGGUGGAAAAGCAGAGGCCAGGUUUGCUGCUGAGGACUUCGAGUGGCACCACCAUCGCUGCUGGGGACAUGGGGACUGUUCCCAGCAGGAUGCCACGUGGCAGAGCCCCGGGAUGUCCUGGUCCCACAAAGGGCAUCUCUGCUCCUUUGGUGCCCGCUGAAUCCCGAAAUGGAGCAGCAGCAGCAUUGCAGCAAAGAAAAGAGAUGAGGAAACCGGAGGAUUUUUUUUUUUUAAACAAAGUUUAUUCCUUCUUCAUAAAAUACACCUGUAAAAAACUGGAAGUGAUGUGCUGGCUGGGCCAGAGCUCUGUACAAAAACACACAAUCAUGCAUAGUUAAAAAAAAAAAACAAUACUAUUUUUAUAUUAACUUUUAAGUUAAUAUAUGAACACGUUUACAAUUACUAAUAAAUACAUAAAUACAAAUGUUCUGCUUGUAUUUUUGAGGUGGGAUUUGUGUUUUUUUUUCUUAAAAAGUUGUUGGCAAAUUGGUGUGGGGGGAGGACGGAGUGGGGGGGGUGCAGAGGAGCUGGCGCUGCCCCUGCGCCCGGGCAGGUCCCCGGCGGCUGGGCUGCAGCAUGUUUAAGCCAGCUCAAACCCUGCAGGUUUCCAGCCACAUUGUCCCUGAGCUACGUGUUUGUCCCUGGGGAGGGAUGGAGGAUGCUCAGCGCGGUCGCCUCUCGAGGUGGAUGGGGACAGCAAACCCCAAGAGCCAGGGGAAGGGGAACCAAGCGCCCUGACCACGGUCACGGAGGAGAGAGGAGGGUUUCUCAAGCUGGUAAUUUGCUGUUUUCCAUCCUGCUCCCUCCAUCAACCCUUUUUUUUUUUUUCCCUGGCGAUCACAGAGCCAGCAAAUGGCUCCCAGCCCUCCCCUUGAGUCCAGUGUUGGAUUUUCUAACAACAAGCAGAACUGUUACUACCUAAAAAUGCAGCACAGUAAAAAAGCUUUUAAGGAAUAACCCAAGAACUCAACUGCUGCUGGCCCACCAAGCAUACAGCAUUAAGCAGGCUGGCCACCUCUGAGAUGUUCUGCCAGCAGAAGUCGUUGCAGAUGCCAGGAAUCCCACCAAAACAAGAG